CUCGUCGCAAAAAGAAAAGGGGCAACAUGGCCUCGGGCGGAUUUAAGCCAAACGCCACGGCGGACUUUUUGGAGGAGUGGAAGGCGAAACGGGAGAAAAUGCGAGCCAAAAUGCUGGGGGACAUAGCGGCGGCGACCGGUGCGCCCCAGGGUGCCAACAACCCCAACAACCAGCAGCACAGCGGCCCGGACCGAAGCGCCUCCGCGGGGAACUGCCUCCCCCCCAUCAUCUCCUCCUCCUCCUCCUCCUCCUACGCGGUGGCCCGGUCCUCCUCCGGCACGGCUUUAAAGAGACCCGAGGAGGAAACGCACCACCCCGCCUCCCCCUCACCCACAGCCGCCGCCGCACCGCCGCCGCCGCCGGGCAGCGACCCGAAGAAGGCCCCGCCUCAGACGGAGGAGGCUCCGUGCGACUCCCCGGACUCCGGCGCCAUGGCCUGCAACGACAGCGACAAGGGCAGCCCGUCGCCCGGUAAGGCCAAGGAGAAGAACGGCACGGGACCCAGCGCCAGGAAGGGCAAAGGUCAGAUCGAGAAGAGGAAGCUGAGAGAAAAGAGGAGGUCGACAGGUGUCGUCAGCAUGCCGUCCAAUGAGAGCCUGGACGAGCUGGACGACGACGACGGAGGGGAGAAGGACCGCAAGGAGGAGGAGGAGCUGGUGCAGGCCAACACUUUCCAGAACGAGGCCAUGGCGGCCGACCCCGUCUUGAUGGAAACCCCCAGACCGGCGAGCGGCCGCCACAGGAGCUCUACGGGCUCCGAUGAGGAGGCGGAGGGGAACAUCAGACAACGACACAACCGCCACUGCAGAGAUGGAGCAGCAGCAGCAGCAGCAGCAGCAGCGGGGAGUUUGGAGCUGCGGGUGGAGGAGCUGGAGAAGGAGCUGGCCAGAGAGCGCCAGGAGAACGACAGGUUGCUGAGAUCCGACCAGGACAAAGACGACGUCAUCGACAAGCUGAGGGAGGAGAUCGACUUGCUGAACAGAGACCUGGACGACAUUGAAGACGAGAACGAGCAACUGAAGCAGGAGAACAAGACUCUGCUGAAGGUGGUGGGUCAGCUGACGAGGUAGAAAGACGACGACGACGACGCCGCCUCCUCCCGACGUUUCCGCCGAGGGUCACGUCCGUCAUCGUGACCUUUGACCCGCUCUGGUUCUGUCGCUUUCCGCGCUCGAGGUGAAGCUGUAAGCUAGUCGUUUCAGUGCGUUGGUCGUAUUUAAUGUAAAUUUGUUGUACAUAGCCCGCUGAGAUGUUUGGGGUGGGGUUUUAAAAAAAGGUAAAAAAAAAUGAAUGUAUGGGGUGCACAAACAAGCGCAGACAAAGUAUAAAACCUGCGCGCAGACACCAUUUUUAAAUUCAAAAGGUUCUCCAGCGGUGAAAUAUUUGGGUUUCAUCAGAGGACACGUGGGCACCGGGACCGGACCAGCAGCAGCAGGUCUUAGAAACUGCUUCUCUCUAAUCAUUACUUGUUUUAUUUGAAUCCCAGUCGGGCAUCAAACUGUAUUUUCAAUGGUUCAAAAUUAAAUAAUAAAACUACAUGAAUUACC